UCCCCUCAUUUCAUUGCUCUUUGUGCCUGUUUGUGCUGAGUAGCACGGCUUAUCUACAUGUAGUCAGGUGAGAUGACAGCUGUUAGCUAACUUUGCUGUGACCCGAGUAACGGUGCCAUCCAGCAGCUCCUGGAUCAGUUAGCGAGGACCGUUAGCGGUCCCUCGCCCGUAGUUUGGGAACCACUGUCCCGGACAGCCCGACCUCUGCUCUCCGGCUCUCUGCCUCCGACUCCGCCUCUCUCAGCACCAACACACGAGCGACCGCCACCCCGAAGCCCCUUCCAGCUCCAGCCUGUACUCCCUAACCCGGAUUCCCAAGGCGAACCCAGCCCUCUGACGAUAGAAGUACUCCUCGUUUUGUCUGAAGAAAAAAAGUGAGGGUUUAAAGUUACAAUUAGACAAAAGUGCGGUAUCUGUAGCGGAGAAGUUUUUCUUCUUUGCCCCCAGUUUUUGGCCCCGCGGCGGGGCAGGACAGUAAGAGCAGCCCGGGGGAAACGGAGCCCGUAUGAUGUGGAUCUGGUACCUUCUGCUUGGUUCUGGGUCAGGCUCAAGGACUGUAGAGAGCCAACUGCUCCCAGGGAAUAACUUCACCACAGAGUGCAACAUUCCUGGAAACUUCAUGUGUGGAGAUGGGAAGUGCGUCCCAGGUGGAUGGCAGUGUGACGGACUGCCCGACUGCUUCGACAAGAGCGACGAGAAAGGCUGUCCUAAGGUCAAGUCAAAGUGUGCCCCUACAUUCUUCGCCUGCGCCAAUGGCGUCCACUGCAUCAUCGGACGCUUCCGCUGUAACGGCUUCAGCGACUGUCCUGACGGGAGUGACGAGGAGAACUGCAGCAACCCCUUGGUGUGCUCGGAGGCUCGCUUCAAAUGUCGAAAUGGCCACUGUGUAGAUCGCAGUUUCUUGUGCAACGGCCAGGACAACUGUCAGGACAACAGCGACGAGGAGCUCUGUCUGACUACAGCAGAGGCUCCGGGGCAGGACUUUGUGACAUUGGACUAUCGCCUACGCUACUACCCCAGCAUCACCUACGCCGUCAUUGGCAGUGCCGUUAUCUUUGUCCUGGUGGUGGCAUUGCUGGCCUUGGUGCUCCACCACCAGAGGAAGCGCAGUGUCCUGCUGCCCAGGGGCGUAAGAGGUAGCUCACACCACCAUCACCACCACCAGCCCUUGCUGCUGUCCCGUCUGGUCAUCUUGGACCGGGGUCACGUCCACCCUGGGGGUCCGGGUCUCUCCACCGGCUCCCCCGCCACAUCAGGCCAAUACCGCUCAACUCCUCAGGCGCUGCAGCUGCUGUCUGGUACCCUGUAUCCCUCAGGACUCUCCAUGGACUCACCUCCGUCAUACUCACAGGCCGUUCUGGAUGUCAGUCGGCCUCCCUGGUUUGAUCUCCCUCCUCCUCCGUACCUCUCAGAUGGGGAGCUUCCAUCCGAGGGUGAGCUGCCUCAAUACGAGAGCCCACAAGACCCAGUGAGCCACCUCAUAGCACAUCCCUCUGCACCCUCCACACCCCGAACUGUGGCCUCGGGCACCCAGCCAUGUUCAAGCUCCACAGAGGAGUCAGACCAGCUGUAGCCACUCUGUUGUAGACCUUAGAGACCGUAGUUAGACUGCAGAGACUGCAGGACUUAAGGACCAGGCUGCAGGGCCACAUCAGGCCAGGACAGUCCACAGCAGGGACCUGCUGAGGAGAAUCAAGAGGGACUGAGAGACUGUAGACUGAAGAGAUAAAGAGAGCCCUUAACUCGCUGCCUAUACAUCAACCAUCUGAAGCACUGGACUGGGACAAGCUCGGUGUGCUAGGCUGAGCUUGUAUGUUGGCUCCCCCUACUGGAGUCAUGGCUGCACUACACCUUAAUAAGCCACACAUUUGUUGAUGUCACUUAAGUUGUGUAUGAUACCUAACAGUGAAAACAACCUGCAUUUCCAUAAAAGUAGGAAUUAAACUGCCAUUAAUUGACAUAAUCAUUAACAUAUUAAAUAUGAUAAUAUAUAAUAAAAGCACCUGAACUAGUCAUUGUGUUAUAGAUAGAGUGGUGUGGUUCUCCUUUGUGUAACACACAAAGCACUUGGAUAGCUGAGUCGAAGUUAUGCGCCAUUUUCUGGUACUCCUCACUGUACUUAUCAAAUAUACAAUAUUUUCCAUAGUGAGGUUUACAUUUAUACCUAACUUUUAUUGUGUUAAAAUUGCAAAAUACCUGAGCGCUAGAUAAAAUGCAUACUGUUGGGAAUUACUUCUACAUUUGAUGACUUAAUGUCCAUGGAGAACUUUAGUAAUGCCUUAUUCUUACUGAAGCUGAUACAUGUUUAGACAAUGCAGCAGUGUUCUGUGAGAUUUUUAAUAGUAUAACAAAAACACAUACAGUUGUGACAUAGAAGAGCAGCUCAGAGGUACUCAGCAUUGAUGUGAGCAGUACUAGAUUACAUGGCCACAGUGAAGUGAUCAUAGUAGAAAUGAACAUUUUGUAACUUCUUCAGUGGUAUUUCAUGCUUAUAAUAGUGCAGCGUUUCCACUGAGCAGUUGAAAGAUGUUGCUGAGAGAUAUAUCUCAACAACAUCUUGUGCUUUUUCUCGAUUUUCUUACAUCUAUUGUUGUUAUUUGGUUAAAUUCAAGCUAAAAAAUGUGAAGAGAUCCAGUGAGCUCCUUUGAAAUAAUACUGAGUAGAUAUUAAGUAAUUUUCAUUAGUCAUUCCUCUAAGCAAAAUAACCGCCUCUGUUGGUAAAGAUGACUUUUUAUUACAUUUCUGAUUGAAGACCAUUAAUGUUUUUUAUGUAGAGGCAGAAAUGAAAUGCAGCUGAUGUUGUUGAGGCCUUAUUCUGUGCCAGUUCAGCCCUUGGUGCCUUUGUACAUGAUAUGUUUGUAGGCUCAAAAAGCCUUUUUAAAACCUCUGAAGAGAGCAGCCUGGUCUGGUACUUUACAGUAAGCUCUCAUGACAACACACAUUUAAGAAUGUCUUCUCUUAGAUCAGAUUGUUCAGAUUUUGCUUGAGAUUUUUUCAUGUAUAUAACUAGUUGUGAAUCAUUCAGGAAGAUCAGCCUCAGUAGUAUUAGACAGUGAAUGAUGAAAUAUGUAUCUGAAAUAUCCAUAUCUGAAGGAUCUGUGUUUAUAAAUGUACUAUUGUCUAUUUACCUUUGUUUGUUCAUUUCAAAGUGGUUUGUUCAAUGCUGUAUAUAGGAGAGAGGGAAAGUAAAGAAAUCUAUUUAAAAGUAGAGUUUAAAGUGAGAGAUGAAUGUGUAAUUGUAGUUGUGCUUAACAAUUUUGUUUUCCUUUCCAGCAGUGAUAAUGCAGGCACAAGAAGAACGAUCAAACCAAAGAUAAUCACCUUAAGGCUAUUACCCUCCAAAGGAAUGAUUAUGCGUUGCAACUUUUUGUGCUGUUCUUACAUGAGAAUAUAUGAAAGGCUUAUUGAGUAAAACUCAACUCGUUAUAUGCUGUAAAACUGGAAAAAACUUUUUAGGACAAAAUUUAUGCCAGUCUGUUCUGUUUGUAUCUCGGUUCUGUUUUAAGGAAUGUUUAAGAUCAAAUUCCUUUGAGGUUCCUGUGAGGUUAGUUAUUAAUGUAUUUGUGACUUUGCCCACCAUUGUAUUUUUAUCCCUUGUAAUUGGCAUUGAAAGUAAUAUAAAAUUCUGACUGGGA